AUUUGAUAUUGCUGCAUGCACGAACAUCAAAAAUGGCUUCCAGACCAAGGUAAGAUCAGUCAGUGUGACGUUACUGGACUGCAUAAGAACUGUAUAUUGUACAAUAAUUUUUUCCUUUCAGCUCUCAUCCACCGAGGUAGCAUGUUUCCGCUCGUUUGCAAUUAGUAAGCUGGCGUCUGUUGUCUUGAUUGCUACUUUCAUCUGUGGCAUGUUCCAUUUACCAAUUUCCUAUCCCGAUUCUCGAUUCCACUGAAGCCGAACUCGAGCCUUUAGGUUUUAACAAACUGGGCUUGAAAUUCAUCUUAAAGGCAAACAUAGAAUCGAGCGCUACAGAAUGGAAUUCGAAGCAUUUUAGGAGAGGUUUGUAUCAAUGUACCUCGCCGACCCUUGUCGAAGGUCUAGAUUUGUAAUUUGACAUAUUCCAUAUUAGAUGAAACUCGUUUUCAAAGUAACCCGAGUUAUUUCAGCGGCAGGAAAAAGGCUGCCAAACAUGAAAACUUUUCCAAUGCUACAAAAACCAUUUUAAAGUCUGUUUUGGGUUCAAAACUUUGGAAAAUCCGCGGCAGAUUCCCCAUCUUAGUCCACUUCAUCUCUCGAAAGCGUCACUUGCACUCGAACAAAUUAUGAGGGUACAAAGCAAAACUUCCUUACAACAACAUGUGUAGGGUGAGAAGUUUAAGUAAUUCGUUCGCUACAUUAGUUUAAGACUAUGGUCUGGAGGUUUGAACGUAAAAUGUUUAGCCACAUACAUUUUACAAUCUAGAAUGCAAUUAAACCAAUGGACUCGUCCAGAGGAAUAACUCACGAGGACACAUAUUCAGUAAAAAAUUCCAAAUGCGAUGUGUUUUACAAGGUAUUAUUUCAACUCCAGAUUUCCACAAACUUCAACGCUUGCAAAAAUCUUGUUGAAAAUCUCCUAAGGGAAAAACCUAUCAUUUUACUCAAGAGUGCUUAUUUUCGUCUGGAGUGUGUUGUUUGAUAAUUUAACACUUUUUGCAAAAACGGAUUUUAAAAAAAGAGGGGAAUUUAAACAAAAACAAAUCUAAAGAUUAUGAUUUUCUUAUCCAAUUUAGUGACACUCAAAGUCCCAGAGUAGCAAGCCAGCCAGAUGGACAAAGGAACCUUCCAAGGGUAAGUAAACAAGAAAUUAUCUUCUUUUGAAUUGAGAGCCCCUGCAAAAAGCUUCACUUCGUUAUAAUCGGAUGAAACAACAACCUGAGCGUGUCAUUUUCCCCUAAGGAUGCUUCACUCUAGGGGAUGACACUUUUUUAGUCAAUGUCUAAUUCAUAUCACUUUUCUUCUAUGGUCUCCCCAAAUGUACAGUCACAGUCUUCUUCUGCAUGCAGUUACGGCACUUUAAGGUAAGACACGUGCUAACACUACUAGAAAAAUUCCAAAGCAUGAGCAGUUUUAAUCCUACUUUUAUUAUAUUUUGAUCCUUUGGGUGCAUUCCUCUCUCAAGAUAUUAAAGCUAUGAAAAUCCCUCCUUUCGAAAUCUUAAUGGCAAACAUUCCGUGUGAUCUAAAAAGAGUUUCAGUAUAGUUGCUGGGAUAACUUUAGAAUUUUCCUAGUGCUGUCUCCAUCUUAUAUUUGAGUUUCCUCAAAAUUAUAUUAGAGCCAAAAUCUGUAAUUUUAAUGGACAGUAUUCAAAUAUCUUAUUCAUUGAGGUCUAUGUGAGUCAAUUUUCUCUUUUUCACAGUGCAAGACGUUGGAAAGAGAUGGAGAAAGAGAUGGAGAAAGAGAUGGAGAAAGAGAUGGAGAAAGAGAUGGAGUUGAUAAGAACUCACAUUAUGACACAGGUAUUAAAUAACUUGAUUUGUAUGUAAGAUAUAUACAAAAACGUGCUGAUUCCAUUCUAAAUAUGGGUCCCUAAAAAAAAAGCAGUACUUACGUUUUGGUGCAUCUGAGCCCUACCUUUCUAUACACAUGAAUCGAUCUCAGUUAUGAUUAUAAAUUAAGGUUCAACUGUGAUAUAAAAACUGUGUAUGACUGAGCUGGCACUUUUCAUGGCAAGCUAAGAAACACAAUAGACCAAGUGACUCACUUUAGCCGCUUAUAUUUUCAUUCUCAGGUUGUCUGUUCAUUUUCAUAAUAACACUUUCCUGUGCUUUACUUUGUCAGGGAAACGAGGUGGUACACACAAGACAUAACAUACCAAGAGAGGGGAAUGAGUGAAAUCGUUAUUACACAUAUAUCAUGGACGGAAACUCCCU